UUAUGGUGCUCGUUUUUCGGGACAUAAUCGGAAAAAUCUCGGAGGACCUCGCAUCUUUAUGCUGAUUGCCGAGCGCACGAAAUCUACCAAGGGACUUAUAAUAAUAAGUGUUCCAAUAUGGCGGCUAUUUUUGUCACGAGCGACAAGAACCAAAUAAUCUCUGUUACAAGUUCCAAUGCACAAAAAGAAGAUAAGAGAGUUACAAGUUAUGAUUUAACAGGAGAAGAUAGUGUUUUAAAACAAGUCGUCACACAAGGAAUAUGUCCUGAUGUCCCAAGUCUUCGUGAAGCAGAAAGCAAGGCAACCAUAAACUCGUGUAGUUUAGAAGAAGGUACAGUUACAAUCGUUCUGAAUGACUUUUUAAUGAGAGAUGAUCAUAGCACAGUAGAAGAUGAGGCCUAUAAGGAAAUAUUAAAAGAAGAAGUUCAAAAAGAAACAACAAAUGCAGAUGGCGAUGUGAGUUGUUCUAUGGGAAAUAUAGAAGAAGUUCAUAAAGGAACAGCACACAUAGAUGGUGAUGUGAAUUGCUUAGUGGUUAAUUUAGAGGAUCAAGGCUCACAGCAAAUAUUUCAAGACGAAGUUCAAAGAGGAACAGCACACGUAGAUGAUGAUGUGAAUUGCUUAGUGGUUAAUUUAGAUGAUCAAGGCACACAGCAAAUAUUUCAAGACGAAGUUCAAAAAGGAACAGCACACGUAGAUGGUGAUGUGAGUUGUUCUAUGGUAAAUAUAGAUGAUCAAGGCACACAGAAAAUAUUACAAGACGAAGUUCAAAAAGGAACAGUACACGUAGAUGGCGAUGUGAGUUUUUCAAUGGUGGAUUUAGAUGAUCAAGGCUCACAGAAAAUAUUACAAGACGAAGUUCAAAAAGGAACAGUACACGUAGAUGGCGAUGUGAGUUUUUCAAUGGUGGAUUUAGAUGAUCAAGGCUCACAGAAAAUAUUACAAGACGAAGUUCAAAGAGGAACAGCACACAUAGAUGGUGAUGUAAGUUGUUCUAUAAUAAAUAUAGAUGAUCGAGGCACACAGAAAAAAUUACAAGACGAAGUUCAAAAAGGAAAAGCACACGUAGAUUGUGAUGUAAGUUGUUCUAUGGUAAAUAUAGAUGAUCAAGGCUCACAGAAAAUAUUACAUGACGAAGUUCAAAAAGGAAAAGCACACGUGGAUUGUGAUGUAAGUUGUUCUAUAAUAAAUAUAGAUGAUCGAGGCACACAGAAAAUAUUACAAGACGAAGUUCAAAAAGGAACAGCACACAUAGAUGGUGAUGUGAGUUGUUCUAUGAUAAAUAUAGAUGAUCAAGGCACAUUAGGUGAGCCUCCCAGUGAUGGACAACAUGUUAAGAUAGUAGGAAUUGAAAAACAGUUAGGUGCAAUUGAAAUUCAGCUUGCCUAUUUUACCAGUCAAGAUAUAGAAGAGACUGUGAAAGCAUCUACUCAGAAGAAGAGAUUGAAAAAGAAAAAAAAAACUCAUCAGUGUGAGCAUUGUAAGAAGAUCUUCAACCGGCCACAUCAUCUGAAAGCUCACGUUAAUACCACCCACCUGGGUGAGAAACGCUUUAAGUGUGAAAUUUGUGAAAAAUGCUUUGGAUUUCUUACACAUUUAAAACGACAUGUUAAGACAGUUCAUGAAAAAGAGAAACCGCACCACUGUGAAAAAUGUGGUAAAUGCUUUUCAUCAACAUCAUAUCUAAAACUACACAUAAAAUCAGUGCAUAAUGAAAAAAAGCUAUUCAAAUGUGAUCAGUGCAACCUUUUAUUUAGCUGGCAGUGCAGUCUGAAAAGUCACAUAAGAGAGGUUCAUAAAGAUGUUGAAAAGCGCAGUAAAUGUGACGAGUGUCAGAAGUGCUUCCAUCGUCAUCGAGAUCUUCUCACGCAUAAAAGAACAGUACAUAAAAAGGAGAAACCCUACAAAUGUGAUGUGUGCAAAAAAAUCUUUGGCCUUUCAAGCAGUUUAUCACGUCACAUACGUACGGUUCACCAAGACAAGGCCUUUAAGUGUGAGCGUUGUGAAAAAAAGUUCAGUCAGCCUUACCAUUUGACUCGACAUGUUAAAGGUUGUCACAAGGAAAAGGCAAUGAAGGGGCACAAACUCAAACUUCACUAGACAAAUGAGCUACUGUAUGAUCAAAUUGACAAAGAGACUUUGAACAUUGCACUUGACUAAUGAGUGGUGUUUCAAUUUGUAGAGACAAAGUCAAACAUCACUAGACUAAUAAAUUACAGGCCAAUCCAUCCCUCUUUCUGGAAAUACACUGUUUUCAGUGGUUAUUUCACACUACACAGGAAUGUUCUACACUGGAAGGUUGUGUGAGGAAAAUGAGCUGGAUACAACCUUGCCAAGUUCAAGAUUUGCUAGCCAUGUUAUUUGUAAUACUUAGCCAUGUUAUUUGUUAUCAAAACUUAGCAAUGUUACUUUGUAAUCUAAACUUAGGCAUUUUACUUUGUAAUCUAAACUUGGUUCAAAUGUGUGUUUAACUAGCCUUGUAAAUACUUUGUAAUAUUAGCUUGGAUUAUAGAAGCCAACCACACCCACAUUGAUUUCAGGAAAUGCUGUAAAAUAAAUAUUUUCCCCUUGUUUGGGCCAUAUGGAAA